CACCCCCCGAAAAAAACCCAUCGUUUAAGCUUUCUCUUUUCUUGUUCCAUGCAAAAGAAAUCAAGCUAAUUUCAAGAAGAAGCAAUAUAUAUUUUUUAGUUUAUAUUCUUUUGGAAAGCUUUUUUUUAGAUAUUAAUGGCGAAGCGUGGAGUAGAGGAGGUGGUGGUGGUAGCUUUGGAGGAAAAAGGAGGAGCAAUGGCGGUGGUGGUGGAAGAAAAAGAACAAAAAGAACAAAAAGAAAAUGAAAAAGAAGAAGAAGAAGCACAUCCAUAUGCAUUUCAUGUAUCUGGUCCUCGUAAUGUAGCUAAGCCUAAUUGGAGAGACCUUAUCAAUUCUAGUUGGAAAGAUACAAACUAUAAGAGAUCGGUAAUUGCUUGUUUCAUACAAGCAGUUUAUUUGCUUGAAUUGGACAGACAAGAGAAUAGAACUGUCGAAACCGCUCUUGCACCGAAAUGGUGGAUGACUUUCAAGUACAAGUUGACACAAACUUUGAUCGAUGAAAGGGACGGAUCCAUAUUCGGAGCUGUAUUAGAAUGGGAUCAAUCGGCAGCCUUGGCUGAUUUUGUGCUCAUUAGGCCAAGUGGAGCACCGAAAGCCGUUUUAGUACUUCGUGGAACUUUACUCAAAGGUCCAACUAUUAGACGAGAUAUUGAGGAUGAUCUUCGGUUUCUAGCUUGGGAAAGCUUGAAAGGUUCUGUUCGAUUUAAAGGUGCAUUGGAAGCAUUAAGAACAGUUGCUGAAAGGUACGGUAGUAGCAAUGUAUGUAUUGCAGGUCAUUCUUUGGGAGCUGGUUUUGCUUUACAAGUGGGAAAAGCAUUGGCUAAAGAAGGGAUAUACGUCGAUGCUCAUUUGUUUAACCCGCCCUCAAUUUCAAUAGCUAUGAGCUUAAGAAAUAUCGGAGAAAAAGCAGGUUUUGCUUGGAAAAGACUUAAAUCGAUGCUUCCUUCGAGUAGUGAACCUCAAGCUGACUGUGAUGAAGAGAUCAAAGAUAACUCUUUAAAGAGUUGGUUAGGCAAUAUAUAUGGGGAUAAAGCUUCUAUGGGAUUGAAACAAUGGGUGCCUCAUUUAUAUGUAAACAAUAGUGAUUAUAUCUGUUGCCACUAUACCGAUCCCGAAGGAAAAACUGAGGAAAAUGAGGCGAACAAAGAGAACACCGGUCCUACAAACGGUCAAGUUGCAGCGAAGUUGUUUGUGAUGUCGAAAGGGAAACAAAAGUUUCUCGAAGCUCACGGUUUGGAGCAAUGGUGGUCGGAUGACUUGGAUCUUCAGCUUGCUAUAAAUAAGAGCAAAUUGAUAAGCAGGCAAUUGAAGUCCUUAUACAGCCUCCCGGCUUCGCAAGUCACGAAAAGGCCGAGAUAAAGAACAAAAGGCAAAUGAUUUGGUUUUUAUAGAUUGUUUCUGGUCUUUUUACAAUAAUAUGUGUGCAUGUUUUUCGAUAUGUCGGCUUUACUGGUUUCUCUUGUUCAUCGAUAUCAACAAAUGUAUACCCCAUUUCCUGGAAAUAUAUAGAUAUAUUCAUUUUCUA